GGGGAGCUGGUCCGCCCGGGCGGGUGGCGGCAAGGCAGGUCGGCUGCAGCCGGCGUCGCGCUGCCUCCUGGUGCACUGCUCUCGGGCCCGACUGGCUGCCUGGGAAGAGCAGGUGGGUGGCAGGGGACCCCUCCAGGGGCUGCAGGAAGGCACUGCCUUGGCUCUCUGGGCUGGAGGGUGCUGGCAGAGCUGCUCCGUGGGGCUCCCGGCCAGCAAGGCAGGGGCCUGGGGCCUGAGCCCCCCAGAGCCUGGACACUGGCCCUCGCUGACCUCUGCUCCUCUGCCCGCAGGGCUGGCAUCCCACACCUUGCUGAUUCUCCAUGGCAACAGCACAGGCCCCUCAUGUGACCUGUGCGCCUGGCAGUGGCUUCCUGGACCCUCGCCUUGCUGGUGGCAUGGGCAGUGUGGGCAGUCUGGUGGAGAGGCAGGAUCUGUCGCCCAUGGAGCUGCGGGCACCCCUGGGCGGCGCGCGGGGUCUGCGGCAGCCUGACGGCCUGCUCCGGAAGGGCCUGAGCCAGCGCGAGCUCCUGGGCUACCUGCACGGCCCCCGAUGUGAAGCGCGGCCUGAGCGCAAGUCCCCGGGGGGCUCCUGCAAACGGGACUAUGAGAGCGACCGCGAGAACCGCUCGCCCGAGCGCAGCCCUCGCGGGGCCGACUUCUCCAAGAGCUCGCUGCCCGAGCGGGGCCGCUUCGACAAGUGCCGCAUCCGGCCAUCGGCCUUCAAAGCGGUGGCGGGGAAGGGCCUGGUUUCCAUGCAGGGCCUGUCUGCAUCCAAAGGGCAGAAGCUGUCCAAAAGUAACGGGAGCCUGCACACGCUGUUGUCACCGGGCAGCUCCGGGCAGCCUGGCCCGCUACGCACCCACCUGCUGCACGCCAUCAGCCUGGACGAGGGCUCCGCUGCCAGCUGCGGCUCCACGCACUUCUCCUAUGUGCCCCGCUUCAAGCCAGCCCCGGGCCAGCUCAGCGCCUCUGUGGGACACAUCAACCACAUUGGGGGCUCUCUGGACAGGGCCUCACGAGGCCCCAGGGACCCCCUGGCACCAGAGCAGGUGCCGCUGCCCUGCAAGAGCACAGCGACGCUGAGCCGGCUGCAGAGCCCCAGGGAACCCCCGCCGCCCUACGAGUUCACGUUCUCCCUGGAGGACGUGGUCAAGCAGCUGGAGGACCGGCUGCAGGAGAAGGGUGGGGAGCUGCGUCAGCUGAAGCGCAGCCUCAGCGAGACCGAGGACCCCUUCACGCAGGUGUUUGAGGACAAGCAGCGGCUGUGGAUGGACGAGCUGGAUGAGCUGAAGCAGAUGUACGUGGCCAAGCUGCAGCAGGUGACGCAGCAGGCGCAGCGCAGCCAGCGGGCUCUGCAGCUGCAGCUCUACAAGGCGCAGCAGGAGAAGAAGCGACUGCAGGAGGAGCUGAGCCUGCACCAGUGCCAGAGUGAGGAGCUGCGGCUGCGCCCGCUGCCACCCGACCGCGCCAGCCCCAAGCUGGAGGAGGCCAAGUGGGAGGUUUGCCAGAAGGCAGCUGAGAUCUCCCUGCUCAAGCAGCAGCUGCGGGACUCGCAGGAGGAGAUAGCCCAGAAGCUCAGCGAGAUCCUCAGCCUGAAGACACAGCUGCGGGAGGCCAGAGCCGAGGUGCAGGCCCGCGACUCCCAGCUGGCACAGCUGGCCGAUGCCUUCCCUGGCUCCCCGGAGCCUGGCGGGGAUGCCCCCAUGCCCCUGUGCCAGGACCUGUCUGGCUGCGAGACGGACGACUCCAAGUGCCGGGGCCUGGUCGGGGAGGGCGUGGAGCCCCUGGAGCGCCAGCUGGAGUGGCUGUGGGAAGAGCUGCUGCAGGAGCGACGCCAGGGCCAGCUGCAGGCCAUGGACUUCGAGCUGGAGCGCAAGACAUGGCAGGAGGAGAAGGAGAAGGUGCUGCGCUACCAGCGGGAGCUCCAAGCCGGCUACAUGGACAUGUACCACCGCAGCCAGGCCCUGGAGCGCGAGCUGUGGGCCCUGCGGGCCGAGCCCCAUGACCCCGACCCCGACUCGCCCUGGAUCCAGCAGGUCGAGUCCUCCAAGAUCUGAGCGUGGAGCUCCGGCCUAAGCUGUGGGGACAGUCCCUGGCUGCGGCCAGGGGGCUGGGGCUGCCAGCUAGUGCCCCCCGCAGAGCCAGAAGGGGCUGCGGGCGCCAAGGCUGCUGCCUGGUCCCUGGCCCUGCCACCUGAGCAGAGGCUGGAGCAAGGAGCAGGGCAGCUGCACCUCCCUUAGGGCACAAGUGACAGCCUGGCGCCCUCGGCUCACAGGAGACCGCAGGAGCAGGCUGGGCUCCCUGCAUGUGUCCAGCUGGGGCUGCUCCUGCAAAGCUGCUGGCCUGGGGCUGCCAGGACAUCACCCUGGGAGGGCUGUGGGUGGCCCCGGCGGUCUGGGCUCACUGGCGCUCCGUAGCUGUCCCUGGGGGCCACAACCCACCCGGGGCUGGAUGUGAAGGCCCAGGCCUGGCAUGGUGCUGCUGGCCUCUCCUGAAAUAAACCUACCCCAGCUUGGUC